CUAGUAGCAGCGACCAUACACAAUCCUAACCUCCACGAUGAACUCGUCAACCCUUUCCAACCUCCAGGGCGAACUCCCCGCUCCCGUACUCGCCUUCAUCGACAAUGCCAUUUCCUCCUUCCACAAACUCCCCGGUUCCGCCAUCUUCCUCCGAUACAUACGCUCUUCCUACCAAGACGAUCCGGUCCGCAGCGCCGUCGAGCUCUUCCUCUUCAUAUUCGCCGUCCGAUAUCUACUCGCCCCAUCAUACAGCACCAAGAAGACCAAGAAUGUACCUUUGACGGAAGACGAAAUCGAUGAACUUGUGGAGGAUUGGACACCAGAACCUCUCGCAGGCCCCGAAACCGACUUCGAACGUGUUGAGAAUGAGAAGCGACCGAUCAUCGUUGGCCCAGCAGGUCCCAAGGCGAAACUGCAGACUGGCCGUACAGCAAUAAACCUUGCAUCCUACAAUCACUACAAUUUUGCCGCCAACCCCGAGCUCACAGCAAAAGCCAUCAGCACGGUGCGCACUUAUGGAGUGGGUCCAUGUUCGCCGCCUGGGUUUUACGGAACGCAAGAUGUGCACAUGAAGAGCGAGGCGGAUAUUGCGGCGCAUCUGGGCGUGCAGGCUUGCAUCAUCUACGCACAGAGCUUCUCCACCAUCAGCUCCGUGAUCCCGGCGUUCAGUAAAAGAGGCGAUGUUAUCGUGGCAGACAAAGCUGUCAACUACCCUAUCCGCAAAGGGCUGCAGAUCUCUCGCAGUACUGUGCGAUGGUACGAGCACAACGACAUGGAGGAUCUCGAGCGUGUGCUGGCCCGAGUUGUGAAGGAAGGACAAGGCAAGCCUUUGACGAGACGAUUCAUCGUGACCGAAGGACUCUGUGAGAAUGUCGGCGAUGUGGUUGAUCUGCCCAAGCUCAUCGAGCUCAAGCUUCGCUACAAGUUCCGGUUGAUCCUCGACGAGACAUGGUCAUAUGGAAUUCUAGGUCGCUCGGGUAGAGGGGUUACUGAGCACCAAAAUGUGGACCCGACCAACAUCGACAUGAUCAUCGGUGGUCUGGCAGGAUGCAUGGCGAGUGGAGGUGGUUUCUGUGCGGGUACGAGCGAGAUUGUGGAGCACCAACGUCUGUCGGCAUCGGCAUAUACGUUCUCUGCAGCAUUGCCUGCACUUCUGGCGACCACUGCUUCAGAGACUGUGACUCUGCUACAAGAAGAUCCUUCAAUCAUCGCGACGCUCAGAGAGAACAUCAAGGCGAUACGAGCACAGCUCGACCCACGAAGUGACUGGAUUCGCAUCACCAGCGCCCCAGACAAUCCGGUUCUGCUACUUGUGUUGAAGGAUCAGGUCGUGCAAGAUCGUGGUCUGAGCCGCCUGGAGCAGGAGAUGCUAUUACAGGAUUGUGUUGAAGAGAGCCUCAACAACAACGUUCUCAUCACCCGCCUGAAGUCUAUGCCAAUCGGUCCCGGUUCCACGCCUCGUGAUGUCGAGAAGGAGUGGCAACCUCAGCCCGCACUCAAGGUUUGUGUUACCUCUGGCUUGACGAAAAAGGAGACGGAGAAGGCUGGCACUGUCAUCCGUCAUGCAAUCACGACCGUGCUGAAGUCGAAGAAGUGGCAGCGGUGA